AUGGUAGCUGCAACUCGGAAGAAGAGUGCUGCUUCCCAAGAUGGCGGCACAGCAAAGGAGGCAAAUCCUCGGAAGACAUGCAAGACCUGUUCGUCUUGUCGACUCAAGAAGGUUCGGUGUUGCGGCACCCAGCCUCGGUGUGCCGAGUGCAUCGCGGAUGAGCUGGACUGCGUGUACCUGAGAGAUGCUCGGCGAGAGCCCCGGCCAUCUAGAGCACACGUUAACCGGCUUGAGACUGCGCUCUCUACGAUGUUGAAACACAUGAAGAACGCCGGGCUUUCUCCAGUGGACAUGAGCACUGAAGAAUGGAUCCAAACCUGGUGUUCGGGCAGCCUAUCUCCUGUGGCAGAAAAAGAAGAGCACCAACUAGAAAGGAUUGGAUCCCGUCAGCCACAUGAAAUCAUGAUCAACAUAGACGCACCGGGUUUUAGUGACCUGGGAAGUCUACCCCAGCAGGGCAUUCUCGUCCCUUCCAGCGUGUCCCUUGAUUGCCGGAAGAACAGUUCAUCCCCUAAAGAAGCUGUUCCUAUCGCUGAAAAGCCGACGGAUACAUUGUCAUCUCCUAGCCUCGACAUGGUCAAUCUAGGAGUGGUGGAGGAGAAUGUGGUUGGGUCCUCUCACUCUGACUACAUGCCAUCGAUACUCAGCCCUUUGAUGGCGGAUACAGUACCUGACAACGAUAAUGCGCAUCACCACUCAUCACCGGCAAGUGUUGGAUCAGGCAUUGGUCGCACCCCGCACAGACAACAGUCAUCUAUUGACGACCGGGAUCGCCUAUCUGAGCUAUCCAUGGGCGAGGCUCAUGUCGCUGGUAUCUCUCAGCAGGAUGGCUGUGUAUCGUCCGUCCAUGGGUUGACCAGUGUUAUGAACAGUACAAGCGCAGCAAAGGGGAGAGGCUUUAUUACGACAAACAAGACUCAAAGUUACCAGGCACGCGCAGCUAUCAAGGACCGUUUGAUGAGUUACGCCGCGCUGCAGAGCCAACGUGAGACCUGGGUGUACAAUCAACCCCAUAUUCAUGUUGAUCUAGACGGCUGUGACGUGGACUUGGCGAAACACCUGAUCGACUUGCACUUCAAUAUUCAGCACUAUACGUAUCUGAUUUCAUACCGCCCUGCCAUUAUCGAUAGCCUUGCCAGCGGAGGGGGGCCCUGGUGCAAUAAGCUCCUGCUCAAUGCCAUAUACUAUUCUAGCUCCCUCUUUAGCAACAGGCCUUGCUUCAGGGAAGACCCGAAAGGGCCAAAGAAUAUCGGCAGCCAGUUCUGCAAUCGCUUCUACCAGUUGCUGGGACCUGAGAUUGUUCGCCCGAGUAUCCCCUCUGCAGUCGGCUUGCUUCUGAUGAGUGCGUCGCUGGUAUCUCAUGGUCGGGCGAGCGCUGGCUGGAACUUAUCAGGCAUCGCAUAUCGGAUGGUCAUUGAUUUGGGCUGCCACCUUACACUUGGGCCAGAUCACCAAGGAUUCCAGUCAACGAGUGUGAUGAGAUCUUCCGAAGGAGCUCUAAAUCAGGACCUGGAGCAGGAGAUGCGUAAAAGGCUGUAUUGGGGAGCUUUUGCCACGGACGCUACACAGUCGCUGUAUCUUGGCCGGCCGUGUAUGCUCGCACCGAUCGAGGCUCGUGUGCCAUUUGAGUUUCUGGAUACUUUUGAAGAGCUCGAGAAGUGGGAGCCUUACAUGGACCCUGAUCCUCAGACGGUGCAUCUCAACCCGCCCAGUUACGCGCCACAGCCAGCCCACGCCGUGUCAACAUUCAGCGCAGUUGCCCGGCUGCUCCAGAUAUCUACCAGGAUAGGAAAGCUGUAUGGAAUUGGCGCCAUCAAAUGCUCUAGUACGGACAUACAGUGUGACUUGGUAGAAAUCGAGAAGGAGCUCCAGGAAUGGAGCAGUUCCUUGCCAAGUCAUCUUCACUUUGACGCUGAAACUUGUGGAAGACAAGCACCGCCUCCUCACAAGAUUAACCAUCACACCACGUUUCACGCCCUCAACAUCCUGCUCCAUCGGGCUUUCUUGGAAGACGGCCAUCUAUAUCACCACUCUGACAGUAACAUUACUGCUCGCAGCGAGGAGGCUUGUCUGCACAGCGCCCUUAUGAUUGAGAAAUUUCUACGGGCCUUGAGAGACACAUUCACCCUCCGUGGCGGGCCCUUUCUGUUAUGCUAUGCUACUUAUUCCGCGGUCAGUAUCGUCCUACGCGCGGAAAGACAUAGCCGGGGCCGGUAUCUAGAAAGCAUAUCGUUCUUCUGGACAUGCCUUAGCGAGAUGCAGAGGGGAUGUAAUUUUGGGAUGACGAAGCCGCUCGCCAUCCUCAAAGAAAUGGUCCGCGAGUACAAUAUCAGCAUCCGACAGAGCGGAGUUUCUAUAGAUGCUGGAAACAACGAUGGUGACGUUAUACUUGCACAUGAAGGACUGGACGAAAGCUUCUUCGAGUUGACACACCCGCCGCUGAUGACAUUGGAUGAUGAUAGUACCAUGCCACUAACAGCCGAAAAUUAUGUUUCUGAUUUGCAUGAUUUUCAGGCUGCAGAGUCUGGUAGCGGGUGGUUUGGAGAUGGCUCCGCAUCAAAUUUCGCUACAUAUUUGGACGAGCAGGAGCAACAGCUUUGGCGUGACACGUUAUAUGGUCUGUUCACGUCGUCUCUGCCUUUUGCGUAG